AUGCCUGCCUUUUGGCCUGUCUUGCGCUCCUUGGGUCUUUACCAAGACCCUGAAGCCAGCACUUACCCUGCUCAGAGAGCUGGGAGUGAGACUAGUGGCAUAUAUAGACGAUAUACUCAUCUUAGCAGAGACGGAGGAGAAGGCAAGAGACCACACGGAGGGUUUGUCAUAUUUGCUGGAGAACCUGGGUUUUAUCAUUCACCCAGAGAAGAAGGUGACCACUCCAACCCAGGAGAUAGAGUUUCUGGGAAUGAUAGUGGACCCUCGAACUAUGGAGCUAAGACUACCUGGUCAGAAGAUAAAGAAAUUGAGAGGAAUUUAGAGUGGUGGCAGGAACAGCUCUUAACCUGGAAUGGCAAGAGUCUCAUCUUGAGGCAACCAGACAUCCAGAUAGAAUCGGAUGCUUCCCUCAAGGGUUGGGGAGCAACAACUCAGGGGUGUCCAACAGGAGGUCCUUGGUCAAAGGAGGAAAGGACCCUUCACAUAAACUGUCUAAAGUUGCUAGCAGCAACCCUAGCAGUAAAAACCUUCCUGAAGAAUCAGGUAAACAAGCGAGUACUACUGUUGUUGGACAACCAGACUGCAGUAGCAUAUGUGAACAACCUGGGUGGGACAGUAUCCACCCAGGCAACAAAGUUAGCCAGAGAAUUGUGGAUGUGGUGUCUCGAGAGGGACAUCCUCUUGAUUGCUCAACACCUGCCUGGGAAAGAGAAUGUCAUAGCAGACUCUGAGUCGAGAGUAAUGAGAGAUCGCUCUGACUGGAUGUUGAAUCCUGUAGUGUUUCAACGAAUUAUGAGUCACUUCCCCAACCUCCAAGUGGAUCUGUUUGCAACAAGAUUGACUUAUCAACUACCUCGUUUCUUCAGCUGGAGGCCAGAUCCUCUAGCAGAAGAGACAGAUGCUUUUCUCCAGGACUGGACGCAGGUGAGGCGAUAUGCCAACCCUCCCUGGAAUCUAGUGGGAAGAGUCCUGGCGAAAGUAGAGGAGCAACAGGCAGAUAUCAUUCUAAUAGCCCAAGUCUGGCCAUCUCAGCUUUGGUACCCCAGACUCCUGGGAAUGCUGAGGUCUUACCCUCUGAAAAUCAACCUUCAAAGGGAGGCAGUAAUAGUGACAGAACCACAACCACAAGUGUUGCCACCUCUGGCCAUGUGGCCUAUCUCAGGCAACAUUAUGCUGGUAAAGGGCUUUCAGGAGAGGCUGCAGACAUCCUCCUGUCCUCUUGGAGACACAAGACCUCACAAUGUAAUGAUUCGUUAUGUAGAAAAUGGAUCAGCUGGUGCACUGAACGGCAGGCUGAUCCCAUUUCGGGACCUAUAG